AUGGCGGCGGCGCUGGCGCUGCUGGGCCGAGCUGCGGCCUUGCUCAGCGGCGCGCAGCGGAUCCUCAGGGUUGGCGGCGGCUCAGCAGAGAAGUGCUUUUCCAGGGGAAUCAGCUCGGAGGAGCGCCCGAAGCGGCCUCUUACCGCCUACUUUCGCUUCCUGAAAGAAAACCAUUUAGCUUUUAAGCAGAAAAACCCAGAAAUUAGCAGCUUGGAGCUGAUGAAAAAAAUAGCAGGUGCUUGGAGGGAGUUACCAGCAUCACAGAAGCAGGUUUAUGAGGAAGCACGAAAGUCAGACUGGCAAAGAUACAAAGAGCUGCUGGAUGCCUAUAAAGCACAGCUAACUCCAGCCCAGGCUGCAGCUUUGAAAGAAGAAAGGAGAAAACGACUGGCAAAAAAAAGAUCAGCCAGAGCAAAAAGAGAAUUGACUGUGCUUGGAAAACCUAAAAGACCUCGUAGUGGCUUCAACAUAUUUGUGUCAGAAAACUUUCAAGAAAGCCAGGGAAUUACACCUGUGGCAAAACUGAAGCAGCUAUUUGACACCUGGCAGAAACUGUCCACUACUCAAAAGCAGCCAUACCUGCAGCUUGCUGAAGACGAUAAGGUUCGGUAUGCAAACGAAAUGAAGUCAUGGGAAGCAAAAAUGGUGGAACUUGGACGUGAAGACCUGGUGCGUUCCAAAAGGCAAACCCAGAAACCCAAAACUGCAAAGAAAGCUGCUGAAACUUCAAAGAAAGCUGCUGAAACUGCAAAGAAAGCUCAAACAGCCAAAGCUUCCCCACGGGACAGCAAGGCCAAGUUAAAAAAAUCAGAAGAAUAAAAUGGUUACAUAUUUUGUAUUUGACGCCCUUUGGUUGUCAUAUCUUUCUCCUGCUGUGUUAAUGCUGUGGUGAGCAUUAGCACUGACAGGGCUCACUGGAGAAGUAGAGAAAGGUGAUCAGGUAAGGGAGGAUUUGAUGUCGCUUGGAACUGACUGAAAUAGUCACUGCAGGUGUAGCCUGAGCUGUUCCACAAUAACCAGUUAAUCAAGCUGUGAAUACGUGAUACUGACAGCAGCAGGGCCUUCCAAUAACAGUAGAUAAUAGCCAGCUUUUAUAAGGUAUUUUUUUUACAGAAGCCAGAAUAUUCUAUUAUGUUACCACCUAAAUUCUGUAAAUAAGCUGAAAUCUGAGGCACUGCUGUUGUGUUUUAUUCCCUCCAUGAUAUCAGUAGUGAAGUGUUCUGCAUUUCAACAAAAGAAAUGGAAAACACGACCUUUUAUUUUAUGCAUCUUUUUGUACCCGUCAAUCCGUGUAUACCACUGACAUUGCAUUUCAUUAAAG